AUGGAGCAGCAAGUUUAUAUUUACGAUCGGAGAUCUGUUCUAAAUUCGUUCCGCAACGGCACACUCGCAGCAACUUAUCCAGUUGAUGCAGCGGUGGACUAUUUGAAAAAGCGAACUCCCGCGCGCGCCGCGUUGAUGAUAGCGGCGGUGUGGCUGAUGAGUGCGCUGGUCUGCAUACCACCGCUGCUGGGCUGGAGGGUCACCAGGCCGCCGGAGCAGUUCCCGCAGUGCAAGGUGAGCAAUAGAGAAAGACCGCCGGAGCAGUUCCCGCAGUGCAAGGUGAGCUAUAGAGAAAGGCCGCCGGAGCAGUUCUCGCAGUGCGAGGUGAGCAGUGCAGUGAGCUAUAGAGAAACGGAAUAUACAACCUGCUUU